AUGACCUCCGAGCCUCGCCAAGUCACUGGCCCAAAUGGCAAGACCAAGCGUCGACUCAAUUAUGCGGACAAUGAGGGCAAAGCAAAUACACCACAAGAGUCAGCUCUGCCCAAGCGGCAGCGAGUCUCACGAGCAUGCGAUAACUGCCGAUCCAAGAAAGACAAAUGUGACGGGGCACAGCCUGUAUGUUCAACAUGCGCAUCACUCGGCCGUCAAUGUACCUACAAAGCCAACCCAAAGAAGCGAGGACUUCCGACUGGUUACAUACGGUCUCUGGAAUUGUUAUGGGGACUGGUAUUCCAAAAAAUCCCAGGCAGCGAAGACGUGAUGCGCGCUUUGAUGAGGUCCACCGACCUUCUGGGCCGCCUCGCUGCAAUGGGAAAAGAUGCUGAAGGAUCAGACACUUUGCACGCCUCGUUCAAGAACAGCGCGCUCCUCAGGGACAUUGAGCGGAUGCUGGUUGUUCUAGAGCAGCCGGAGGAAGAUAAGGAACGGCUCACUUGUCCUCCCAGCGAUGCCGGGACGCCACUUGAUAUCGACCGAGUUCUAGCAUCGGCAGAAGCUCAAGAAUGGCAUAUUCCCGAAGGAAUCGAUCGCCUGCAUAAUCUGCCAAUCGCUAUUUCGCCGUCGUGCGCUUCCCAACAAACCAUCGCGGGCGGGUCCCGGAGCCAUCGAACUGAAGAAGCAGCAGUCCAAACAGAAUCAUACAGAAGUGAACAUUCUCUCAGUGAUGUCCAGUUCAAUGUCAGAGGGCUCUCAACAAGGCCAAGCCAACAAGCCUUUGAGCUUCCGUCUAAUGGAUGGUCGCUUCUUGAUGUGUACUUUACAUAUACGCAGUGCUGGUUUCCCAUUCUUGAAAAGCACGACAUGCUUCGCAUCGCAUACCAAUAUGCCGAAGGACCGCUUUCCAUGUCCAGUGACCUGCGUGGAUCCGGAGAUCAUGCCGCGUUAUGGGCAGUCCUGGCUUUGGCCUCUUUUCAAGAUGGGGCCAACAACUCUACCCACUCUCCCAGUGUGCAGUCUCGCCCCAGAAACGCCACACAAUUAUCUCGCAUCGCGCGAUCACUGAUUCCUGCUGAGGCUUGCGUGCAAGAACUCGGCCAUGUACAAGCUCUGCUUAUUUUGUCAUUGAUAAGCCUCGGUCAGCAGCGAUGGACUACCGCGUGGAUGCUCAUAGGACAGGCUAUUCGAAGCGUUCAGUUGCUGGGAUUGGACCAACCGAGCCCCAGGUCUGCAUGCCACAACGGCGCGAAAUCGCCCGGUCGGACACAACAUGUCUUUCUGGGCUGCUUCUUGCUCGAGACGCUGAUUGCUGAGCACAUGUCGCAGCGACCUUCUCUCAGGAAGGAGGAUUUGACUCGCGUUGGGGCUAUCGGGGAGGAUGGGCUCGAAGAAUGGCAUCCAUGGGAGGACCAGACCGGUUUUCGCUCGAGGCAUUCCUUCCAGUCUUCUAUGCAACGCGGUCCCAUUCAUGCACUGAGUACAUUUAAUCGGCUGCUGUCUUUGAUCUCUAUACUGAACGAACUCUGUUUCUUGAAGCAGGAUCCAACUGCUUCCCGCGCACAUUUCGAGUCCCUCGACGUUCAGCUUCAAAGAUGGGUCACGUCUUUACCGAAGAGGUUUCGAGUCAACAUGUCCAAUCGCCAUUCCAGCCCUCCCUCCCCUCAUUUGUUCAACCUCGAAGUGUUAUACCAAAGUACCGUGACGAGUCUGAGUUUGCAGAUUGCAUCCCGACAGGGCGAUAAUAAUCAUAUCAUUAGACUACAACACACAGGCAAAGCCAUUGAGAGCUCUCGAACACUGCUCGAACUGCUGCAGUUCUUCAUGGAAGCCUUCAGUUAUAAAGCGACGACGCCCUUGUUCGGCAUAGCCGUGAGUCGAUGUCUCACAGACUCAGCAAGUCAAGUUGCGCCAGGUGUUCACGAUUCCGAUCUCCGGUCUAGCAUUGGGUCACUUAAUUCCCACCUCAGGCAACUGUGGAUCGCAUCCGACUCCUACGAUGGUACUGAAGCUGGAGGCAGCGAAUCCCAAGAAGACGUCUUUCCCUCUGAGACUCAAGCUUUACAACAUCACUCCACCACGCAUGCUCCUACUCCUCAGGAUCUCGUGCCAGCCACGAACCUCUUCCCUGACCUCAAUGACCAUUCCCACCGUCCACCGGACUUUCCUCUUCUCGACGGCUGGGCACGAAACGCACGAAGCACCAACGAAAAUUGCAACCCAUUUCAAACUCCUAGACCUUCUAUGGCGUCCAUGGGCGGUGUUGCAGAGGCAUCUACUCAAGCAGACCAAUUUAACGGAGGUGCGCUAUCAGCAGGCUCUGCCAUCUCCCAGUCACAACGCUCUAGCCUCAACUGCCAAUCUGCACUUCCUUAUGGCGGGCAGUAUCCCGCCUACGGCAAUCCAUCACCCUUCAAUCAGAACCCUUUCAUCGAGGUUGACAGACACGAAACCGCCAGAAGGCAAACAUCGCAACGCAUUGCACCGGACCUUGAUGCGCUUUUUGAUGAGCUGGCCUCUCUAGAUGGUGCAGACAGGCAAGUAAAAUGUUUCGUAUCACUCAAUGCCCUUCGUCGGAAUGCUAACCUCAGCCUUCAGAUCCGACAAUCAGCCUGA